AUGGGGAAACUAAUGUAUGAUCCUGGCUACUGCAGUGAGGAGAAGAAUCCAGUGGAUCCUCUAGCAAACCAUCUGAGCAGUGGAAAGAGUUCUGUGUUGGAAAGUCUUGUGGGGAGGGAUCUGCUCCCGCGAGGUACUGGAGUUGUCACGCGGAGACCCCUCAUUCUGCAGCUGGUGCAUGUUUCCCCAGAGGAUGGUCGGAAAACAGCUGGAGAUGAAAAUGAGAUAGAUGCUGAAGAGUGGGGUAAAUUUCUUCAUACCAAAAAUAAGAUCUAUACAGAUUUUGAUGAAAUACGUCAGGAAAUAGAAAAUGAAACAGAGAGAAUUUCAGGAAAUAAUAAGGGAAUCAGUCCAGAACCUAUUCAUCUUAAGAUAUUUUCUGCUAAUGUUGUAAAUCUGACUCUUGUGGAUUUACCUGGAAUGACAAAGGUGCCUGUAGGUGAUCAGCCUAAGGACAUUGAACUUCAAAUAAGAGAGCUAAUCCUUCAGUUCAUCAGCAACCCAAAUUCAAUCAUUCUGGCAGUUACAGCUGCUAACACAGACAUGGCCACUUCAGAAGCACUUAAAAUUGCACGGGAGGUGGAUCCAGAUGGUCGGAGAACCCUUGCUGUUAUCACAAAGCUAGAUCUCAUGGAUGCUGGCACUGAUGCUAUGGAUGUGCUCAUGGGAAGAGUGAUUCCAGUCAAACUUGGCAUCAUUGGAGUAGUGAACAGGAGUCAGUUGGAUAUUAACAAUAAGAAGAGUGUAGCCGAUUCCAUUCGUGAUGAAUAUGGUUUUCUUCAAAAGAAGUAUCCUUCCUUAGCCAAUCGAAAUGGAACCAAAUAUCUUGCCAGAACACUGAACAGACUUCUGAUGCAUCAUAUCAGGGAUUGCUUGCCAGAACUGAAAACCAGAAUCAAUGUUUUAGCUGCUCAAUACCAGUCUCUACUAAACAGCUAUGGGGAACCUGUUGAGGAUAAAAGUGCCACUUUAUUGCAGCUUAUUACCAAGUUUGCCACAGAAUAUUGUAACACUAUUGAAGGAACAGCAAAGUACAUAGAGACUUCAGAACUAUGCGGUGGAGCCAGAAUUUGUUAUAUUUUUCAUGAGACCUUUGGAAGAACUUUAGAAUCUGUUGACCCACUGGGAGGCCUUAACACAAUUGAUAUUCUCACUGCCAUUAGAAAUGCUACUGGUCCCCGUCCUGCCUUGUUUGUUCCCGAAGUUUCGUUUGAAUUACUGGUAAAAAGGCAGAUCAAACGUUUAGAAGAACCAAGCUUGCGCUGCGUGGAGCUAGUUCAUGAAGAAAUGCAGAGAAUUAUCCAGCACUGUAGCAAUUACAGUACACAGGAAUUACUGAGAUUUCCUAAACUGCACGAUGCCAUAGUUGAAGUAGUAACCUGUCUUCUGCGUAGGAGACUUCCUGUCACAAAUGAAAUGGUUCACAAUCUAGUGGCCAUUGAGUUAGCCUAUAUCAAUACCAAACAUCCAGACUUUGCUGAUGCCUGUGGUUUAAUGAAUAACAACAUAGAGGAACAAAGGCGUAACAGGUUAGCCCGGGAAUUGCCUUCUGCUGUGCCAAGAGACAAGGCUGCUUCUGGAGUGGGAGAUAUGUCUCAGGAGUCUGGAACAGGCAACUGGAGAGGAAUGCUGAAACCUUCUAAAGUGGAAGAGGUUUUGGCAGAGGAAAAAUCCAAGCCAGCUGCAGCCCCCCUACCUGCUAGUCCUCAAAAAGGGCAUGCUGUAAAUCUAUUAGAUGUGCCUGUACCUGUUGCGCGCAAACUUUCUGCCCGUGAGCAACGAGAUUGUGAAGUGAUUGAACGACUUAUUAAAUCUUACUUCCUUAUUGUCAGGAAGAACAUUCAGGACAG